CUGAGUGCAUCUCUCUCCUCCGAGUGACGUCGGUCCGGUCCUGGAGUGCGCUUUUCUCUCUUGGUCCCGUUACUGCUCCCAACACUUUCACCUGUCCCGCGACCACCGUCCGGAUCUCUGCUGCUGCUCCACGCCCGCAUCCCCGCAUCCGCGCGAAGAGGAGGAAAGAACCGGCUGGUAGUUGAUAGAAGGAGGCGGGCGGGAAAGGAAAGAGCGCGGGAGGCAGAGAGAAAUAAGAGAAGGAAAGCGGAGGAAAGAGGUCGCCGUUUCUGCGUCCGGACUCUCUCGCAGAGAUGAUGCUGACCGCCGCCGGCGUGCUGCUCCUGCUGUCCCUGGGCUGGAGCGCCGCUCACAGCAAAGGUAUGACAGUGAACAAGCACAAGCCGUGGAUUGAGACCUCCUACCACGGAGUGAUCACUGAAAACACUGACAUUGUCCUGCUGGAUCCUCCUCUGGUGGCUCUGGACAAAGACGCUCCCAUCCCUUAUGCAGGGGAGAUCUGUGCGUUCAACAUCCACGACUCCGACGCGCCGUUUGAGGCUGUGGUGCUCAACGGCACGUCAGGGGAGGGUCAGCUGAGGGCACGAGGUCUGGUGGACUGCGAGCUUCAGAAGGAAUACACCUUCAUCAUUCAGGCCCAUGACUGCGGUUCUGGACCAGGAGGCACUGAGGGCAAGAAGUCCCACAAGGCAGUGGUGCACAUCCAGGUCAAUGAUGUCAAUGAGUUUGCCCCGGUGUUUCGGGAGGCCCAGUACCGAGCUGCGGUGACAGAGGGGAAGAUUUACGACAGCAUCCUGCAGGUGGAGGCGACUGACCAGGACUGCUCUCCGCAGUACAGUCAGAUCUGUAACUACCAGAUCACCACGACGCGGACGCCGUUUGCAAUUGAUCGCAAUGGCAACAUUCGGAACACGGAGAAGCUGAGCUAUGACCGGCAGCAACAGUACGAGAUCCAGGUCACCGCUUGGGACUGUGGCCAAAAGAGAGCUUUGCACACAGUUCCCGUCCGCAUCGACGUCAAACCUGUCUGUAAACCCGGCUGGCAAGGGUGGAACAAAACAGUGGACUAUGAACCUGGCACAGGCAGCAAGCAGCUUUUUCCCAAAAUGCACCUGGAGACCUGUGGGGGACCAUUGUCCUCUGUGAGGACGAUGGUGGAGCUACAGACCAGCCACAUCGGCAAAGGCUGCGACCGUGAGACCUACUCGGAGAAAUCCCUGCAGAAACUCUGUGGGGCUUCAUCGGGCAGCACCGACCUUCUCCCAGCUCCCAGUGCUGCCACCAACUGGACGGCUUCUCUGGUGACUGACAGCGGACGCGACAGCGACCUCAUCUUUAAGUUCGACGGUCACCAAGCAGCCAAAAUUCCAGACUGGGUUGUUCCCCAGAAUCUGACCGAUCAGUUCACCAUAGCGACUUGGAUGAAACACGGACCAAGUCCUGGACUUCGAGCUGAGAAGGAAACAUUGCUGUGUAACUCUGAUAAAACAGAGAUGAACCGCCAUCAUUAUUCGCUCUACGUCCAUAACUGCAGACUGGUGUUCCUGCUGAGGAGAGACUUCACACAGGUGGACACUUUCAGGCCGGCCGAGUUCCACUGGAAGCUAGAGCAGAUCUGCGACAAGGAGUGGCAUUACUAUGUCAUUAACGUGGAGUUCCCGGUGGUCACGUUGUACGUGGAUGGAGUGACCUACGACCCGUACCUGGUGACAGACGACUGGCCUAUCCACCCAUCACAGAUUGAUGUGCAACUGACCGUCGGCGCCUGCUGGCAAGGUGGAGAGGUGACCAAGCCGCGCUUCACUCAGUACUUCCGGGGAAGUCUGUCCGGCCUGACCAUUCGACCUGGCAAGAUCGCGAGUCAGAAAGUCAUUUCCUGCUUACAGGCUUGCAAGGAAGGGCUGGACAUCAACUCCCUGGAGAGCCUGGAUAAGAACAUCAAGUUUCACUUCAACCCAGCUCAGUCCAUCCUCGUAAUGGAAGGAGAAGAUUUGGAGAGAAUUAAUGAAGCUGUGAGAAAAGUGUCCUACAUCAAUUCCCGGCAGUUUCCAACACCAGGCGUUCGACAUCUGCACAUCUCCACCAGUGUCCAGUGCUUUGGUGAAGACACUUGCAUCACCAUCCCGGACAUUGACGCUGUGGUGAUGGUGUUGCAGCCAAGUGAGCCUCGCAUCACCAUCUCCGGUUUGGAGCGACUGAGUCGGCCUGCCUUUGACCUGCGUAGCUCCAGCGGUGUGGAAUUAUUUCAGGACCUGCACAUUAUCAGCACCGUCACCAGAGCGGACGCCACUGCUCAUCACGCAGCACACCGAGGUGGCAUUUUGGAAGAGAUCAUCCACAAUCUGGACUACUGCGAUAUCCUGGUUUUGGGGGACGAGCUCAGCCCGGAGCUGGAGUCACUGCAGCUUCAGCGUAGUGUUCUGCUGGGAAAGCAUCUUGAUGCCACCAACUCCACUUCCGGAAUGUCCAUAUAUGGCGUGGACUCCAUGUCCAACUACGAACAGGUGAUCCGACAGGUGCGCUACUAUAGCAGGAGGCCCGGAGACAUAACAGAGAGACGGUUCCGCCUCACCUGCUCGGAACUGAACGGCCGCUACACCAGCAAUGAGUUCAACCUGGAGGUGAACUUCCUCCACAGUGCUGAGGUCGGGGAGCAUGUCAAUCACAUGGUGGCGCCGCCUCAAUACAUGCAGUUGUUCCACCACCCGUCCAUGAACUACGACCUGUAUCCUGCUCACACCCCAGGAGUACCCAGCGCUGCCACCGUGGUCAUCGUGAUGUGCAUCGCUGCUCUGGUGGUGGUGGUGGUUGUUGGCAUUUAUCGACUCCAUCUCACCCACCAACAAGAGGUGAAGCUCUCCGAUGAGACGCCUAAAGGAGCAGAGGAGAGCUGGGACAACUCAGCUCUUACCAUCACAGUCAACCCUAUGCAGAAUUUGGUUCUGAGCCAAGAAGCAGAAGUCAACGAGGAAGAGGAGGAGGAGGAGGAGGAAGAAGAGGAUGAGGACGACGAUGAUGAAGAUGAAAUCAGCAGUGAGUCAGACGACAGCGAGGAGGAUGCAGACGUCCAGCUACCGAGGAUGCAGAACAAAAAGGGGCCGAACCGGAACAAAACGACUCUCACUUACUAGAACACACACUGGCUGACACACACACACACACACACACACACUCACAACAUGGCCAUGGAAGUUUCACCUCAAAGACUCUGCUUUACGAAGCUCUAUGAAUUAGGUCUGAACGCCCCCUAUUGGCAGAUUACACUGCCUUGAAAACCAAGGCGACUUAGUCCAACAGUAAACAGUUUUCUACUGCUUCUUAGAACAUCUUCUUAAAGGGACAGCGCACUAAAAUGAGGUCAGCCCUGAGGCAGGAUUGAUUUAAAACCAACAACAUAGUUGUGUUUGUCCAUUGAACCUUGCACUUUUUUUUUCCUUUCUUGUUUCUUUCUUGCGCAGAGAAGAUCUUGAAAUUCAGUUGCUGAAGAUUAUUUUUGGUUUAUAUACAUAUAUCAGGCUUUAUCCGGCCACAGAGAUAGGCUCAGAAGUUUUACAGAAAUAGUUUAUUUAAAGAAAAUCGUACAAAAAAAAAUGGGAGUCCUGUUGAAUAUGUCGUGUUAAAUUCACCCGGGGGUCAAUGUUUGGGGUUCGAGGUAAGGAUGGAGUCUGCCUGUACAUUUUUAUACACUCUGUCAGUGUAAAUAAACAAUAUAGACACCCCAACAUACAAGACCCUCACCUCACACACACUGUACAAAAGACACAUCUUCAUGUAUGUACACACUAUGACCCUGUAGCGUGUAGACCUUGUUACAGAUCCAUUAGUCCGGCGUGAGUGUGUGAGCGCAUGUUUGUUCGGUCGGGUUCUUGUGAGCGCCCCUAGUGGCCAGGAUAGGUAAAGCAACACCAGAAGCGAAAACUAACUUGUGUCAAUGCUGAGGAGGAGAUGUAGAAAUCCAACAUAAUGCAACUGUGAAAUUAUAUUCUUUAUUAUUCACAGCAGUAAAAUGAAUUGAUGAACCAAUGUAGUUGCGUACAGACAAGAUACUAACAAACAAUAGUUGUUUUCAUGCAACUUCAACCAUGCAAAACAGAUGUUCCAAACUUUUUUUUGGAGAACAGACUUGUGUUACAGAAAAAAACUAAAUCAGCCAUUGUGAUGUUGUCCAUGGAUAUGAUUUUGUGACAACAACAGGGAUCAUAAAUACGUUUAAAGAUGUGAUUUCUAACACUGUAACAUCUGUUUUGUAGCUGGACGUCAACUACAAAAUGCCAAAAAUGAUGUCACAACACAACACAUCUAUCAUACUGUGAGAUUCUGAAAAGCCGUUCAAAGUGUGUUUGUUUCUCUGGUCAACAGACCAUUUGCUGGUCUGGUCGAUGUUCCUGCUUCCCAUCUUUGUUAUGAUUCAGGAGCAAUACACCGAAGAAUCCUCUAAUAAUAUAUACGAUCAUGACUAUAUAUAUUUUUUUUUUUUUUUUUUUUUUUUUUUUUUGGCACCUUUCUGACACUGUAUUGAGAUUAAAUAUAUGGAUGUUGAGAGAAAACAUUGUACCAUAUGAAGAUUGACUGAUAUUUGCUUGCUUCAAACUAGAAAAAGCUAUAUUCAGCUUUGUUCACAUGUGGCUGACGUUUGAACAGGAUUAUCUUAUUGAUCAGCCAGGUCAUUAUGCAGUAUAGCCAAAACAUUUCACAGUUUUCAAAUGUCCUCCAAAUGUGGCUGAUGAUCAGAGUAUAUAUAUAUUUCAGAUUUAAGAACACAUAAUCCCUGGUGUUUCCUGGUGAGCUUUAACUAAUCUUGCAGGUAGAGGUCGCUCACACAACUCGACUGUAUGUUCAUGUAAAAAAAAAAAAAAAAAAAUUAAAAUAGAUUCACCAGUGUCAUGUUUCCACGUCCUGUGUGACGCCUGUCUUGUGACAUCCUCUCAUCCCUUUAGACCUUUGGUGGAGUUUUGCAUCGACCAUGUUGUCCUGCUCUUUGUUUUAGAAACAGAAGGACAGUGAAAUAAACAAGUGUAUAAUGUGUAAAAGUUUUUAUUGAGUUCUAACUUUCUUUACUUUACUCUCUGGACUUUUUUGGUCUGAUUUCUUUUGGAAUGGUCACUACAGCACUUUCUGUA